AUGAAUGAAAUGUUUUCUGAUGAUCAUGAAAAGGAAAAAAUAAAACCAGGCUACAAACCAACAUUACAAAUAUCAGUUGCUAUUAAAAAAGGCAAAGAAAAUGGGAUGGAAUCAAGAACUGUUACACAGACUAUUUUAGUGAAGGAUUCUCAUCCAGUUCAGUCUAGUUUCCAAUUUAAUGAAGAAGAAGGGAUUUUUGACAAGAAUUGUGAUAAACAUGUCAAAUCUUGCCCACCACUAGAACAUUCAAGCAAGGAUAAAACUAAAACUGUUUCUGACCACAGUACUUUAAAAGGAUCGCUUGGUGUAACAAAAAACUGCGGCAAAAGGAAAAGAAAAAAUAAAUUUGACGAAAAUGUUGAUGAUAUUGAACUUACUACGACCUCAAAUCUUACGGACGAAAAAAAGAAGAAAACGUUAGGUCGAAAAAAAAGAUUAAAAAACAACGACGUUGUUUCCCAGGUUCCAGCAUUAUUGUUGCGAGAUAAUGAUGAAACGAAGAGAGUGGUGGCAGCAAGAGCUGCAGCAGUUCUUUGUAACUGGGCUGAUGAAGAUGAUGAAAUACAAUGCACGCCUGCUUUAGCUCCAAGCUCAUUAGUUCAAAAUUACUGUAAAGGAUCGAACAUCAACUCAGAUGAAAGAGAAGAAGAUUUCUCAAAAAAUGCACAAGAUUGUUCGGAAUCAAAUUCUCGUAACAAUGAUGAAAAAUGCCAAUGUCAGCUUGGUGAAUCUGCUUAUUCUCUCUCAAAAAAUAAGGAAUAUUUUUCCGUUGAUUCAAGAAGGCGUCUUUGGACACUCUCUUCAGUCCGCGCUAAAGAAAUUCCAAGUGACGACUUUUAUGUGCCAAAUCUCCUGCCAAAAUCUACACCAGUCAAGACAAAGAAACCUAUGAAGCAAGAUAAUGGAAACAACAAACUUGUUGACGAUAUGAACAAGAAUGAAAGCAGAGAUGUUCAUCUUGAUUCUCCUUUAAAAAUGUCAAGUCAAAGUGACAGUUUAACAGAAUCUCAAGAAAACAAUAUAGAGAUGUUGGUUGAACUGAUUAAUGAUGAUGAUGGACAAUUAACUGUUAAUUAUACGGAAUCAAGUGAUGAUCUGGGUGAAACAUGGCUUCCAUCGAGUGGUUUUUGUGUUCGCAAAGAUAUUAACGAUGUUGAGGAGAAGGAUAAAGAAGAUGUCGAUAUUUUGAUUAGCGAGUUGUCUUGUAUGGUUGGGAAUCCAUUGCUCAGUGAUGUUGAAAUCAUUGCGAAGAACAAAAACAAAAUUUUGGCGCACAGUUUUAUGUUGUGUGCAAGAUGUAAAACAUUGGCAAACUUUCUUCAGUCAAGCCAAUCAUAUUGUAAAGAUGAAUCAGGUAAUGGCUUAGUUCGUGUUGAACUACUGGAUAUCGAUGUUCGUGCUGUUCGAGCUGUACUUACUUACAUCUAUACGGCUUGUUUUGUUCCUGUUCUCGACGAGACUUUAGCCGAUGUGAAAGAACUUGUCCUCAGAUGGAAUUUGAAUAUUAAUCCUGAAAAAUGGAAAGUAAUAAAAGAUGAAUGUGAGAAAAACAGCGAAAAGGACGUAGAUCAAUGUAAUGUUGGCUCUCUUGAUGUCCUUUUGAAAUCUUUAUGGGAAGGUGAAGAAGACAUGAAUGGCAAUGAAGAAACGAAUGAUAAGAAUGUUUUUGCUGAAAGUUUCUUGGAUGAGGAACUUGCAGGAAUGACGAUAAAGAUUUAUUCUCAAUGUUCUUUGGAACAGGUGGAAUCUUGUGAAAAGAAAAACGACAAAAGUUCCCCUUUGAAAGAAAACUCUUUACAUCAAAAGUCAGAGAAGAACGAUAAGGCAAUUUUUAGCACAAAGCUCAAGAUACUUCUGAAAGCGACAUGAAUGUUGUUGAUGUUAAAUUUACUACAGAUAUUGUAGAUGAUCUGGUUUCCAGUACACCCAAAAAAAUGGAAACUGUUGUCGUACCUGCAGAAGACCAACAAAUCGCGUCAACACCUGAUGAGAAGGAAGAUGACAUUUACUUUCUCCGACGUGCAGUAAGAAAUGUUCUCGCGUCACUGGCAGAAACAAAA